AUGAAGCUUUCUUUUGUUCUUGCCGUUCUCGCUUUUACCAGCUCCGCCUUUGGGGUCGCGAUCCCCGAGGUCGAAGCAACCGCUACAAACAAGGGGGAGACGACGCCUAAGGCAGAAACUAUUGAUCAUUUACUUCGUUACUGGCGAAAGAGUGAACCGCCAACAGCUGUUGCAGAGCGCGAGGCAGCACCACAGAAAACUGGUAUUGAUCAUUUGCUUCGUUACUGGCGAAAGAGUGACGCACCAACAGCUGUUGAAGAGCGCGAGGCAGCACCACAAAAGACAGGUAUUGAUCAUUUGCUUCGUUACUGGUGA